GACAACCCUCCCCUAUUUUGGACCACCCCUAGUAAAUUUGGAUCUGUCUCUUAAUUAAUUGAAGUUACUUGAACAUUUUGCAUUAAUUACAGUAAAGUAAAGCAAUUGAAAACAUGUUUUUUUUUUUAUUAAAAUAGUUGAAAAACGCGUUUCAUUUCAAGUAAGCAUUUGGAAAAUGUGUUUCGUUUCUUGUAAAAGAGAUUAAAAACAAGACCUGCAGGAUUUGCUAGGCCGUGACAGAGUGAAUGUUUAUGGACAUGGCAGACUCUGCCUAGUUACAUGUGACAGUGUUAAACCCGUAUUGAUCAUUCGCUACAUUUCUAUGCGCCCAAAUCUAUUUUAUAGGAAACGAUAAGGAAACACUUUAUGGAUUUGGUGCAGAAGAGCCUACCCUGCGUACACCAGCGGUUGCGGGUAACGUUGCUACCAACCAUGGUAGGCCAAAUCCUGGUAUUAUGGUUGUGUCUCAACCUGCCUACAGCAAACUCAGCUACCCAUUCCCUGAAGUAUUUCUACACAGCACUCCCACAAUCUACUGGCCUUCCAGAGUUCAGCGCUGUUACUUAUCUGGAUGAGGAACCAAUUUAUUUCUAUGACAGUUCUACAAAGGAAGUGGUAGCUCGACAGGAGUGGGUAAAAGAAGCCGUGGAUCCAGACUUCUGGAGAAGAAAUACACAAAUUCUUAAGGAGACUGAGAAGGUGUUCAAAAACAACAUGGACACUGCAAGAGAUCGCUUCAACCAGACAAGUGCCCGUACAUUGCAGGUAAUGUACAGCUGUGAGUCGGUUGAGGAAACUGGUGCUACAGAGGGACAUGAACAGUAUGGAUAUGGAGGAGAGGACUUCCUGUUAUUUGAUCUGAAGAAUGAAAGAUGGAUUGCACCUGUUCGGCAGGGACACAUCACCAAAAUAAAGUGGGACGCUAAUGUUCCUAAACUUAAAGCCAAAAUUCACUAUCUAACCCACACAUGUAAUGAAUGGCUGAACAAAUAUGUUUCCAAUCGGAGACGCAUGCUGCAGAGGACAGCCCCACCGCAGGUAACUUUGUUUCAGAAAGAACCCUUCUAUCGUGUGACCUGCCAUGCAACAGGCUUCUAUCCGAACGCAAUCAUGAUAUUUUGGAGAAGAGAUGGGGUAGACGUCCAUGGUGAUGUGGUGCAUGAAGAGACCCUGCCUAACGGGGAUGGGACGUAUCAGAAGAGAACCCAUCUCACGGUGUCCCCUGAAGACCUACAGAAGCACGACUACAAAUGCACUGUCAAACACAGUGGCAAUGAUGUGGUUCUGUCUGCUAACAGGGACAGCAUUCGUAGCAACAGCAGGAAUACUCAGGGGGUCUCCAUCAUCAUCACUAUCAAUAUGGUCUUGAUGUUGGUCAUAUUGGCCUUCAUGGUUACUGUGCUUGUCUUAAAGAGAACGAGGGACUGCAAAGGAAAAGAACCAACAACUGGAAAGGAAAAACAAUGUCCAAUAAGUCACCUGGAGAAGAAUGUUAUUCUGCUCAACAAUUCAAAACCUGCUGAAAUGGAGAAAUCAAAAUUGAGCCAUUCAGCUGAUACUCUCCAGUGCCCGACUCAAGAUACGACAGGUUCCGACAGAACGUCCAACAGAAGCAGAACAAUUUCCUCAAGCUCUUCUGGCGGCUCUGAUGACUCUGGAGACUCUACAACUCCUCUUGUCAAGAAACUCUAGGUCGACUGCAGUUGGAGGGCUGUCUUCUUUUUUGUAUUGGGACUCUGGAGUAACUCCCUGGCUAUUUUAAUUGAAUGUUCAAAUUUGACUUUGUGUGUUGUAGUGUACAACUUCAACUAUAACGAAUAUAUGCUCUAUUGAUCCUCACCUGUUAAGGAUAUGGUUGCAUAUGGCUCAGGUUAAUGUAUCUAGCCUUCCUAACAAAAUACAUUAUUGUUCAUCUGUGA